GUAGACAUAACCACAGCAGGAAAUGAUGAUGACCAUGAUUGAAAAAAUGUAAAUUCGUAUUCGUGUAAAUAUAGGAAAAUGGCGGCGCCCACAGAGUUUGACUUCUGUGAGGCUAGAAAUGCGUUUAAUAGAAUCAUUCACAGAGUUGCAGAUGAGAAUUCAUUGGAGUGUUACAAGGAGUUCAUAGACAAUUUCCCUGCCAGUGACAGUGAGAAGAGGGUAACUAUAGACCAGUCCUUCAGAGAUGUAUUGAGAGACCUUACUUCUGCCAACAGUGGUUGUGAGGUAUACAGAAAGUUCAUCUGUCUUACCAUAGAUGCUGUUACAUCAGACUUGUGCACCCCAGUGAUACCAUUCAUGUGUUUAACGGACAUAUUUGACGUUAUACCUAUAGACCAGUGUGAAGAUAUGUUUGGUCUAGUUGAAGACAAGGUGCAUGUUUGGAAGUCGCAAAUAUUCUAUGACACAGGAAAAAAUUUCUUGCUGCGUAUGUGCAAUGAUUUAUUGCGACGUCUGUCAAAGUCACAGAAUACAGUGUUCUGUGGAAGGAUACAGUUGUUUCUGUCUAGACUGUUCCCUUUAGCAGAAAAAUCAGCACUAAAUCUGAUGAGUCAAUUCAAUCUAGAGAAUGUGACAUUGUACAAUCAGGCCAAACCUGAACAUGAGGCUGCCAAGGAUGGAGAGAAGAAAUCAGAGCAAAGUAUGGAAACAGAAGAUGGAGAGAUGGAGGAACAAAAAACGGAAGUCCCAAUAGACUACAAUUUGUACAGGAAGUUUUGGUCGCUGCAAGAUUACUUCAGGAAACCAGGACAGUGUUAUGAGAAAAAGUUGUGGACAACAUUUAUGUCAAAUUCGGAUGCUGUAUUUGAGGCAUUUGCCAGUUCCAAGCUUGAUGACAUGAAAUCCUCUAAGAAGAAAGUAGAUCAAAGGAGAAACCUGGAACCAGAUGCUUUCUUUGCUAAAUACCUCACCAGUGAAAAGUUGUUGAAUCUACAGUUGAAUGACAGCAAUUUUAGAAGAUACGUACUGAUGCAAUUCCUCAUUAUAUUCCAGUAUCUGGGUACUCCAGUCAAGUUUAAAGGUCAGGCUCAUACACUGAGUGAUGAGCAAAGUAACUGGAUAAAGUCAUCCACAGAGAAAAUAUAUCAGUUGAUUAAAGAGACACCACCUGAUGGUGAAAAGUUUGCAAAGACAGUGGAACAUAUUCUAGAGAGGGAGGAACACUGGAACAGGUGGAAAAAUGAUGGCUGUCCUGACUUUGAGAGAAAACCUGCAGAUGACACAAAGAAACAACAAAGAAGAGCAAAGAGACGACGUAUAGGAGAUGAUUUACAGGCAAGUGGUGGCAAGGUCAUUAAAAUGGGUCACCCAGAAUUGACAAGACUUUGGAAUCUUAACCCAAACAAUAUGGAUGCAUGUAAAUCAGACGACAGAAUAUUUUUACCAACAUUAGAGGAGUUUUUCCAAGAAGCAAUAGAGCAGAAUGAUCCAGAGGCACAGAUUGAGGAGGAAUACAAAUUAACAAAUGAUCAGACGUUCCAGUGGAAGGCACUGAGAUUGUUGGCAAGGCGUAGUCCGCAGUUCUUUACAAAUUCCGCAACUCCAGCACAAGAUCUCAAAUCUUAUCUCAAUGGAAUGUUGUCUAAAAUUGCAAAACAAUUACCAAAUCAACAAGGAGAGGAAAUGAAGACAGAUGUAGAAGAUGAGGAAGGUAUAAAGGAGACUCAAGAUGAUGAGGACAUGAAAAAUACAGAACAAGGCAAGGAGGAGAUAGAGAGUAAAGAGAUAGUUCUAAACAAGCAUAUAAUCCGCUGUGUAGCUGAGAAGAUUGGCAAGGACUGGAAGAAAGUUGCAGUGGAGCUUAGUUUUCCAGAGGAUGAUAUAGCUUACUUCGAGAGUGAGGAUCUAACAGACCCUGAUAGAGGAGCUAAAAUUCUCACUAUCUGGAUGGAAGAGGAUCCUGACAGGCACACGGCAGCGGCUCUCAGGGUGGCACUCACUGAAGUGGGACUUCAACAUGUGGCUGACAGUCUUAAUGGACCAUCUUGAAUGUGCUAGAUACUGUUCUUACACUGACAUUUUCUCUAAGAGGCAACUGAAAACUUUGGUCAGAGUUGAACAUUCUUUUGAAGAGGGUGUUACUUUCUUUGUAUUGAUGUGUCAAGAACAUGUACAUAGUAAUUAUUUAGAAUAUUCAUGGCUGAGAAGGUGGUGGCCAAGCAAAUAUUCUUUACACAAUGAACUUAGCAAUGACAAAACUGUUUCUUUACUGACUUUUGCGACUGAACUUAUUAAAAACAGCGGAUAACAUCAAAAAAAAACCUGUUGUAUCAUAUUGUUCACAUUUUAGUUGAGUUAGUGGCAUUAAUAAUUUUAAUGAAUAAAAUUUGUGACAAAAAAAUAUGUACAAGUGUUUUUGAUAUUGCCAAGUUCAUGGAUUUUGAUACAGACUGAGCAUAGGAAUAUUGUUUUGGCAUUGUCUUUCAGUUCCUGUUUCCAACUGUUUGUUCAUCUUUCUGCCCAAGGCCAUAUCCAAGACUGGUUUGGAGUACUUAAAUAAAAGAUGGUAGAAAUGUUAACUGCAAUAGGGAAAUGGCACCCUGCACUUCUCUGUCAGAUUGCCUGAGGAAACCAAGAGUUAAGGCCCUUUGUACUUACAUAAUUAUACAGUGCAUAUGAUACACAUAAAAUGUAUAGCAUUUUCAUUUAAUUUUCUGUCCGUAGCCGUACCUAAAAUAUAUAAAAUGCGAUUGUAACUUUGAUAAAUCAUGAUAGAAAUUGCACAGUGACUGUAAUAGGUUAAUGCAGCUCUGCAAAUUUCAGAUUCAAAAGUUAGAUUUCCAAAUGAAGGCAAGAGUUAAAGCCCAUCAUACUUACAUAAAGUUUACUGAUAUGUACGUAAAGGGUAUUUCUUUACAAGUGGUAUUUGUAUAUUUUGGUAUAUUUUUGCUAUGGAAUAUUGUACUUGAGCUUAGUACAAAAUGAAGCUUAUUUGGAAAUAUAGGUAUGUGUUCCUGUCACUAGGAUUGGGGUCAAGGUUACUAAAAACAGAAAAUUAAAUAUCCUCAUUAACUUCAGUUAGGAAAACAGUUAUUGCCUCACAGCUUGGAGGCCAUAGUUCUCACUGUAUAUUGGGUUGCUUGGUUCAAGGUCAAGGUCAUUUUAACUAAAACUAGGAAAUGUUUUUUCUAAAAAUGAUUAGGAAUGAGAUAAGUAGACCAAACCCGUCAAGUAGCUUUCAUAGGUACCAAUGUUUUGAUGCAUUUAGGUUGGUUGCAUAAAGGCAGUUUCUUUCCUGUUUGCCAUCAAUAAUUUAGUUAGAAAUGAGAAAUUGUGACCAAAAUUGGGUAAAAUAAGUAGCUGCCGCAGAGUGUGCCUUGGAUGCAUUUUGGUUGCGUCAAGGUCAAUGAUCACAUGUAUUUAAAAUCAAGUUUUUUACUCAGAAACUUCAUUUAGAAACAAGGUACUAUGAUAACUAUUAUUCAUGGGGGAUUAAUUUUCGUGGUUCAGCUCCACCAUGAAAUUAAGUCUCAAUGAACAAAAUUUGUGCCCAAUGUAAAUUGUACUUAACACCACCAAAAAAAACCCACCAUAGCCGUCCGAUCUGGUGGGUAGUUGUGUGCAUGCGACAGUACUGACCUGCAGCUUUCGUAAAGUCUAUGGAGGCUCCAUCAAGGAUAAAUAUAGGUAUUCUUCGGAACAACCGACUAUUUCAUUCAGACAUUUAACCGUGGUUUACAAUAUGCUGGGAUACUAAAAAUAGUAGUUUGACGUAGCGUCAUGUACCAAACCGCACUAUGCUUCAGAUGUUAUUUGCAUUUAUUCGGCCCGUUCUGAAAUGUUUAUACACUAGCCUUUAUUUUUACUUAAUGUAAUAAACUACUAGUACUUUGAGACAAUUAAAUAUUAUAAGUAAUUGUUA